AGCGGAAGUGCAGGAGUCAGCUGAUUAAAGCAUAUGAUCCUAGAGGACAGGAAAACAUUUAACUCAUUCUGUCUGUUAUUUGAGCACAUAUAAGAAAAACUCGCAAUGCCUGGACGGGGAAAAUUAAUCGCUGUUAUAGGAGAUGAAGAUACAUGUACCGGAUUCCUUCUCGGAGGGAUAGGAGAACUAAAUAAAAAUCGGAAACCAAAUUUCUUGGUGGUGGAGAAGGACACGAGCGUCACAGAGAUAGAGGAGACCUUCAAGAGCUUCCUGGCUCGCAAUGACAUUGGCAUCAUCCUCAUCAACCAGUUCAUCGCAGAAAUGAUUCGUCAUGCCAUAGAUGCCCACAUGGAGUCCAUCCCAGCAGUGCUGGAGAUUCCUUCAAAAGAACAUCCGUAUGAUGCCUCCAAAGAUUCCAUCCUGCGACGGGCAAAGGGCAUGUUCUCUGCAGAGGACUUCCGAUAAGCAGCUACUGCUGUGGGGUCACGGUCUGACCUGAGCAAAGGAGGAGAAGAGACGAGGGUUUUGUGUCAUGUUGUUUACUUCUUGUCCUCCUCCAUCUUGCUGAAGCUUAAAACGAUAUUAAAAAGAAUAUAUAAUGUUCUUGAAUCCAGUGUUGUUAAUGUGAUAUUGUGUGAUGUGCAUUCUUCCAUUCCUGUGUUUGAAGAAUGGUUUAUGUGUGAUCCAAAUGAAAACUGUUUAUAAUUAUAUUAUACAUUUUAAAAGAUGUGCUGCCCCCCCCCUCCACUGUUUAACAUUAUAUAUAUAUAUAUAUAUAUAUAUACCCACAGUACUGUGCAAAAGUCUUAGGCACAUAAGAUGUUUCACAAAAACAUUUGUCUUAAGAUGGUUAUUUAUAUCUUCAGCUUUAGUGUGUCAAUAGGAAAUAUAAAUUAUAGAAUCAUUACUUUUGCCAAUAGAAAAGAUUAGAAUAGAAGAACAGGGAGCCCUGCAACAGAUGUCAUGGCCCCCACAAAGCCCCCACUGAACAUUGAGUCAGUCUGAGAUUACAUGAAGAGACAGAAGCAAUUGAGACAGCCUAAAUAGAUAGAAGAACUGUGGCGAAUUCUCCAAGAAGCUUGGAACAUCCUAUCUGCCAACAACCGAGAAAAACUGUGUCCAGGUGUACCUAGGAGAAUUGGGGCUGUUUUAAAGGCAAAGGUGGUCACACCAAAGGUUGAUUUAGCUUUUUUAUGUUUACUGGACUUUGUAUGACAAUUAGUGAUAAAUGAAAACUAUUUAUGGCAUUAUUUUUGAAGACAUCCUCACUAUGCAACAUUUUUCAGUGCCUAAAACUUUUGCACAGUACUGUAUAUAUAUAUAUAUAUAUAUAUAUAUAUAUCACAAGAAAUUAUGAUAAACAAGAUUUCUUGUAAACUAUCAUUUAUAUUUAAGAUAUUGAAUGUGUCUUUCAUCUCUAAACUUAUAAUAUUUAAUUGCAGAAACCAGCAUCCACUUAGUAAGCCCUCCUUCAAUCUGUCUCACACUAAUUAAACAAUUUGAUCCAAACCUGUGCUGUAUAUGCUCUUUGUCAUGAUAAUGGUUUUCACUCCUAGCAUUGCAAACAUGAGAGCCUUUCAUAGUGUGCUGUAAUACAAAUGUUAAUUUAUGUCUUGAGCACAUUGAAUUUGAGUUUAUUAAAAGCAGUGAAGUCUGA